GUGAGAAGAUCGCCAUCGAACUUGGAAUUUGACCCGCUCCUGGGAAAUCACCAGUAAUUAUGUGAUUAAAACGCUCUCGGCUCGUACGCCUAGUAUUGAUUUUAAAUUGAAUAUACUUGUAAUUAACUGAAAGGCCUUCCAUUAUGCCCACUGCACAUGUGGCGUGGAUUUUGACCGAAUUGGAGCAAAGUGUGCAGAAAUUCAGUGAAAUUCCGAGUAUAUAUCGUUGAAUAAAUAGUAUCCUAGCGCUAUCAAUAUUCAUUUCAUAUUAGGAAUUCUCUAAAAUGUUAUAAAAUUCUGUGCACAUUUCGCAGAACAAAUCGUCCCACAUAUUAUAGUCCAAAAUGGAAAAAUAAACAUAACCAUAAGUUAUCUGCUUUCCAGGCAAAAAAAAAGGCCUUCAUAUAUAGAAAAGGAAAGCCUUAAAUAUUAUGAUAAACUUUAUUACUCGAAUCCUCUAUUAUAUGCAUGAAAAUGCAAUUUAUUUGCUAAAUACCGCAGGGGAGGGGGAAAUGACCCUAGAGAGCCACAUUUUCUUCCGCCCUGUCACAUUUGCUUAGGCCUCCUGCAGGAAAACAAUUUAAACUUUCAUUACAGUCAACACAUUUUGCCCUUCUUUUCGGCCCUCUCACACAUUUGGCCGCUUGAGCGACACUCAUUCAUAAAUACGAGACUCUCCAUGGGAGUGCGAGUGGGGCCAUUUUCCAGCUGCUUCACAUCCUUGAGCUCCCCUUCUUCCUGGGACUUCGGACUCCAUCUUUUCAUCCCUUUCGGAAUGUAGAGUACUCUUUAAUAGGGGGUACAAACGAUGUCUGGAAAAUUUGAACACUUAUUAUAUGAUUUAUAAUCAUAUUGCAAUAAUCUUCACGAAGUAAUGAAAUGAUCUACAAUACUGAUAAGUACAUUCCAAUUAAAUGGCUCUUUUUCUGUAUUUAUUUAAAUAAAACUAAAGGCCAAGUGUAUUUAACACAACUCUAAGCUACGGCGACUUGCCUUCCAAUUGGUUGUGAGAAAUUCUCAGGAUUUUUGCGGCAUCUUCUGUAGUUGUAGUGGUGUUGAGUAAUUUCCAGCAACAUCUGUGGCCAGCCCCCGCGUUUCCGCAUCCUUUGCACCCUUCUGCGACUUCCGUUUCCGCUUUCGCCCUCUUAUCAUUAUUGCUCAUCAAGCGUUUCUAAUGAAGUCGUAAAAAUUGAAAACUUUCAAGGCAUGUGAGCGCGUCCUUUAUCUCCUACCCCGCCCAUCGGCAUGUCCUUUUCGUGGCGUUGCGGCUUAUGUGUUUUGCUUUAUUGCCUCUUCUUAUUUUGGUACAGUUUUCCGCGCCCGUCAUUUUAGCUGGGCACUUUUUAUGAGUCUGCCGCCAGUAAACGUUUAUUUUUCUGCGGUUUUCCUCGGCUUCUUUUGGAUUUCUUUGUGUGUUUUCCGCAUUUGUUGUGCAAACUCACAUUAUCAGCUUUAAGCACUCUAUGCCUGCAGCUUUAUAAGCUGGCACACGCCAGCAAAUAUUUACUGGCAAACUCGGUUUGUUUUCUUGUUUGUUCGGUCUCGACCGCUCUCGAUUUAAUGCUAAUUUGGUGUUUCGACUCGUAAAUAAUUACAAUUGCCAAUGGACAAACAUGAGCCCCAGGAAUUGUUUAAUUUCUGUUUGGCUGAAACAUCCAUCUGUGCUGGUUUGCAAACACUAAAAUAAUUAUUCUCAUUUUAGGUGUCAAUUUACAUUUUUGCAAUGCGUUCUCUGAUAAUUUAUGAAUUUAUGAAAACUGAAGCAUAGAAAUGAAAAUUGGAACUCGUCUGCCUGAGCUAUUUUUGUCUCAGAAAAUGUCACUUUUUGGUAAAAUUUUUCGAAAUUAAUUUGACUAAAUUAUAAGUUUCCGAUCUCGGAUAUUUCCCUACCGUCCUUCAUAAUGGUGUGCCGCUUCAAUCCCUUUUACAUUGGACCAGCUCCACCCAGUUGCUGCACGGACUUGAAGUCCGAUUGCGAUUGCCCACCCUGCUCACCGGAUACAGGGUAUCAGGAACCUCGACCCGUUCACGAGGAGUGCAACCCGGGUGUGUCGAAAAAGGAGAACAAGGAGAGCAAGUGCAAUCCUCCUUGCAAAGAAGCCCCCAAAAAGGAAAAGAAGGAGAAGAAGUCCGAGAAUAAAGAUGCCAAAAAAACUAAAUAAAAUUGAUUUUUGCUAGAAAUUGUUCUUAUUAAAAUCUUUAAUAUAUCCUAUUCUUUUUAAAACACAAAA